AUUUGAACAGUACUGUAGACUCAGUAUGCUUCUCACCAGAUGGAACUAUUUUACUAUCUUGAAGUAAUGAUAAUUCAAUCUUAUAAUGGGAUGUUAAGAUGGGAUAAUAAAAAGCUAAAUUGGAUGUCAUAGCAAUGGUGCUGAUUAGAGGGUUCUCUCCAUAUGAAUUAAUACAAGCAUCUGGAAAUAAUGAUAAUUCAAUCAGAUAAGGGAUGUUAAAACUGGAUAAUAUACGGUCAUACUAAUGAUGUCCAAUCAGCGUGCUUCUCACUAUCAAUUAUGAGAUGUUAAAACUGGGUAAUAAAAAGCCAAAUUGGAUUGUCAGAAAGAUUUUGUUUGGUAGAUAUGCUUCGAGCCAAAUGGAACUAUUUAUCAUUUGGUUGUUUUGUUAAUUAAUUAGAUUAUGUGAUUUUAAGACAAGAUAAUAAAAAAAUAAAUUAGAUGUCAUAUUGGCAUAUAAACAAAGGCUGUUUCUAUUCUGAUGGAAAUACUUUAGCAGCUGGUGAUAACAAUAACUCUAUAAAUUUAUGGGAUUUUAUAAUUAGAUAAUAAAAACAACUAGAGGGUCAGAUAGAUUACAAAUUUUAUGGGAUAAAAUAUAACGAAUGGGAUAUUAAAAUUAAAAAAUUAUUAUAAUUUUCCUUAUAUUAUACAUAUAAAACCUAAUAUAAAAAUAAUAGAAUUCUUUAAUUUUUUUUAACAAGAUUAUGA